AUUUUGUAAACUAAAUGAAAUAAUAAGCUGCGUACUUCCUCCUUCAUUUUCCGCUUUCUUUUUCAAAGAAAUGAAAAAAAAAUAUUCUUUCUAAAGAGAAACUCGUAGAGAAAAGGACAGAUUUCAUUCUCGUUGCGAAAGAAAAAAAGCAAAGAUCAUCCCUUUUUACUGUGAAAAGAAAGUUUGAAGAAAGAAUGCGGCCACAUUCGGUGUCGAGCGCGGCAGCCAAGCAAGCGGAGCUAUUGAGGAUAGUUGGGAACAAUUGUUUCAAGCACGGUCAUUUGGGGGCUGCCAUCGAUGCUUAUACUGAGGCGAUUACUUUAUGCCCUGAUGUUGCUGUAUAUUGGACGAACCGCGCUCUUUGCCAUCGCAGGAAGAAGUAUUGAUUGGCUGAAAGUAGAAAAGGACUGCCGGAGGGCUAUUCAGCUUGAUAACAGUUCUGUCAAGGCACACUGCACGUUGGGACUUGCCUUGCUUCAGAAGCAAGAAUUAGACGAAGGGGUCAAUGAACUACAAAAGGCAUUGGAUCUUGGAAGCGGAGCAAAUCCAAAGGGUUAUAUGAUAGAUGAGAUUUGGCAAGAGCUUGCAAAAGCGAAGUACCUGCAAUGGGAGCAUGCAUCUUCCAAGCGUUCAUGGGAAUUGCAAAGUUUGAAGGAGGCUUGUGAAACUGCACUUAAAGAGAAACAUUUUCUUGAUGAUUCUCAUCCAGGAAGUUUUUCAGAUGAAGCUAUUAUUUCCCAUAUGAAGCAACUGGAGGUCCUGAGUCGAGUGUUUAAGGAAGCUGGUGAAGCUGACAUCCCUGGUGAGGUGCCGGAUUACUUGUGUUGUAAAAUCACACUUGAUAUUCUCUGUGAUCCUGUCAUUACUCCAAGUGGAGUUUCAUAUGAAAGAACAGUGAUCUUUCAUCAUCUUCAGAAGGUCGGUAAGUUCGAUCCAGUUACACGUGAACCGCUCGAUCACUCCCAGCUUGUACCUAACUUAGCGAUAAAGGAAGCAGUCCAGGCAUAUUUAGAUGGACAUGGUUGGGCAUACAACACAAACUAAAGGUUUUGAAAACUUGUAUGUUUUGCUGGACAUUCAAUGACUUAGCAGAGCAAUGAAGAGCAUGAAGUCAUCGGUUGGUGUCUGCCUUUUUGUUUGGCGUACUUUUGUCAUGUUGGGCAUAGUUCAUUUUUUUGGAUGCUUCAGUGUGUAAGGCCAUCCCACCAUGCCAUUUACCACUGCAUGUCAAUGGUCAGGGCCUUGUGAUCCAUUGAAAUUGUACAGUUAAUUCUCACAACAAUUAACUGUUAACAGAUACCAUGUAUGGGUUCUAUUCAAUGGCAUUAGAAAGAAACUUACAUAUUUUACAUUGCUCCUGAGAGGCUUGUUGGCUCUUUGUUAGGAAUAUUGGAAGGCUGCCAUGCUAUAAUUUGUGUUAGGUAGAGCUUGACAUGUGGGUAUAUAUAUGGAGUAUUUUAUAUAAAGUUAUGGAAGGCGGCCAAGUCGGUUGUCUUCAAAGUUAAAAUGAUAUUGAGUUCGGCCGUGGGCAUCCAUUCUGAUU